AAAAACUAUUAAGUUUUAAUUUGUAACAUCAAAUAAUAACAUCAUUUAAUAAAAUGUCUAUAAGUAAAACUGAAAACCAAGUGAUGGACUCUAAUGGUACCAAUGCUGACACUAAAGUGGUUAAGCCAUACAAACUUGAGUUGGUUUGGCGUAACAUUAUUUUGAUGGCUAUAAUACACAUCUCGGGUCUCUAUGGCGCCUAUUUGACAAUCAGAGGAGCAAAAGUACAAACAGUUAUAUUUUCAUAUUUUAUUGCUUUCAUGUCUUCAAUGGGUAUUCAGUGUGGGGCACAUAGACUAUGGUGUCACCGAACAUAUAAAGCCAAACUACCGCUUCAAAUCAUAUUAAUGGUAUUACAGACAUUGGCCCUUCAAAAUGAUAUCUUUGAGUGGAGUCGAGACCAUCGACUUCACCACAAAUACUCUGACACUGACGCCGAUCCUCAUAACUCUCAGAGAGGAUUUUUCUUUUCACACGUCGGUUGGUUGCUCUGCAAAAAGCACCCGGAGGUCAAAGAAAGAGGAAAAACACUUGAUAUGACUGAUUUGGCAAAAGACCCGUUGGUUCGCUUUCAACGAGCUUUUUAUAUACCAUUAUUGGGACUAAUAUGGGCUGCAUUUCCCACAUAUAUACCAUACCUGCUAUGGGGUGAAUCCCUAUGGAAUUCAUGGUUUAUUUGUGUAAUGCUUCGUUAUGCUGCCACUCUUAACCUAACCUGGUGUGUCAAUAGUGCCGCUCAUAUGUGGGGCAUGAAGCCCUACGAUAAAGAUAUAGUGCCGGUUGAGGCUCAUAUGAGACACUAUCUGAUGGGUGAGGGUUUCCAUAAUUAUCACCACGCAUUUCCAUGGGAUUACUCGGCCAGUGAAUUGGGUCCAUGGGAUGCCUUUAAUCCGGCCACAGCUUUCAUCGAUAUGUUUGCAUCUAUUGGUUGGGCAUAUGAUUUGAAAAAGGCAUCGAAAGAGAUUGUUGAGAGCAGACAAAAACGUGUCGGAGAUGUCGGAUAUAACCACAGGUCGUUGUUUAUUGAGAUGUUGACCGGUAUUAGUGUUUUGUUUGCACCGAUUUGGAUAUAUGUCUUCGUUAAACAAUUUGAUAUAUGGGUUCUACCACUCUGUUUGUUCAUUGCUUAUAAAUUUAAAUAAUAUUUGUCAAACAAUUUUUAUUAUAAAUCUAACAAAUUUGAAAUUAUUACAAACUAUUUGUUAAUUAAAUUUAUUAUUUUAAAAUGUUU